GGUAAUAUAUUGCAGAGCUGAAAAUAUGAAAAUAUCAACAAGAGUGGUAUUAUUGGCCCUGAUUCUUUAUUUGUACAGUAUGGAGGAAUGUAAAGUAAGGUGUGACGAAGUGCUUCCGAGUUUUUCCGAACCUGUUCCGAAUGUUACCAUACCUGCCGGACGAGAUGUAGAUAUUCCAUGCGUUGUCGAGAACCUGGGAUUCAACAGAGUGGCGUGGAUAAAGGUAGAAACUAAAGCAAUACUCUCUAUCCAUGACCACGUGAUUACUCGAAACUACCGCAUCAGCCUAAGUCACGUUGACAGCAGGAACUUUGUGCUGCACAUCAAGAACGUGAAAGAGUCCGACAGGGGAGGAUAUAUGUGUCAGUUGAAUACAGCUCCCAUGAUGAGCCAAGUUGGCUAUCUGGAUGUAGUAUUUCCUCCACAAAUUCAACGAGAGAACACCAGUUCGGAUAUCAUAACCACAGAAGGAUCAAAUGUAACUUUGACAUGUGUUGCUAAAGGAUAUCCCACGCCAAACAUAACGUGGCGACGAGAGGAUGGUCAGCCUAUAGUAUCAAUGAACAAUGAAGGCCAGUUAGAAAACGAUUCUAAAAUGGUCGGCGAGAGUUUGUUUCUGAUCCGAGUUGACCGACACUACAAUGGAGCCUAUUUAUGUAUAGCGAUGAACGGCGUGCCUCCUUCAGUCAGCCAACGAAUUUUGCUGCAGGUGUACUUUCCGCCCGAGAUUAUGAUAAAAAAUAAUCUAAUUGGAGCUCACUUUGGAACUACAGCUCUAUUGAAGUGUUAUAUUCAGGCUCUACCAUUUCCAAAUAUUGUGUGGAAAAAGGAUGGAAAAAUAAUUUCGUCCGGAAAGAAGUAUGAAAUAGACAUUCCAAUCAAAAAGUAUAAAAUUGAAACAGUGCUGAGAAUUCGGGAUAUACAGCUAGUCGAUUUUGGGAUAUACAGAUGUACAGUUAAUAACAGUCUUGGCCAGGCAGAGGGAGAAGUCCAGAUCUACGAUAUUCCAAAGCCAACCUCGGUACCCACCUUAACGCUUCCAACAUUAUGUUCUACUACGAUGGAGACCAGUUCUUGGAACGACAUUCCACGCAGCAGUGAACCAGAGAAGGAUCACGGGUAUUUUCCUAAAGAAUCAGUUCAAACUGCUAAAGAAGAAAGUUCACCGUUGUAUGAUGACACGAACAUUCGUGAAAGCAAAAGCAUCAAGUCAGAGGAGUCGAUGGAAGCGUCAGGUGGAAACAAAGCAGACAGUCAAAGUGUUGUAUUUUCAGCCUCUGUAUGUGGACUUUGUGUCGUUCUUUCUAUUCUGAACGAAGUCAUCACGUGACACGUCAAACAGUUCUGAAGACUGGCGUAUUUAUAAACAAAGAUUUCUGUUUUCGUUUAAAAAGAAAAAUAAUCAGAAAAACAUUAGUUUAAAUGGAACUACUGCUCAAAAUAUAUCACAUAUAAUGGAUCAAACUGUUUGACUCCACUUUGCGAGAAUGGAGAUAAAUAACAGGUGAACUAUAUAAAAAAAACUCUACACAUAGUUUCGUAAUCCGAAGGGAAGAAUUUACAUCAUAUACAUUGUUUUAAUACAAGGAUUUCAGUUGAAACUAUCUAAACCUACUGAAUAACAAACCUUAUCGAUGUACGCCAUUAUUGCAUAGAAUCUGAAAUGGAUGAAUUACGCUUUUUUUAAAUGUGUAAUUGUAAAAAUUCAUGCUCAAAUUAAAGAAAAUAAAAAUGUAGAAAUG